UCCCUUCAAAAAAUGAGGUCUCUAAUGGCUUCUUCCAUUUCAAUCUCUCUUGCAUUAAUGGCCGUAAUGAUAUUCAGUUUCACAUCUGAAAUUUCAGCAAACUCUCCUCCAAUUCCACCUUACUCCUACAAUUCUCCACCAUCACCAGUUCACUCACCACCUCCUCCAAAGUACCAUUAUCCAUCUCCACCACCCCCACCUUACAAGAAGUCUUACCACUCUCCUCCUUCACCACUUCACACUCCCCCUCCCCCUCACGCUGCAGUUUUCCACGCUCCUCCACCACCUAUUCACACGUACCCUCCUCCCGCCCCAAUUCACCAUUCUCCUCCUCUACCGGCGGUUCCAAUAAUUCACUAUUCGCCGCCUCCACCACUUCACACUUCACCUUACCCUCACCUUGCAGUUUACCACUCUCCUCCACCACCUCUUCACCCUUCCCCUCCUCACAUUCCUCCCCCAAUUCACCAUUCUCCUCCUCCACCACCACUUCAUCCUUCCCCUCCUCACAUUCGUCCCCCAACUCACCAUUCUCCUCCUCCACCAAUUCCAAUUCACCACUCUCCGCCUCCACCAGUUCACACUUACCCUCCUCCCCCAAUUCUCCAUUCUCCGCCUCCACCAAUUCACACUUACCCUACCCAAACUCGUCACCCAGUUUAUGGUUCGCCACGUCCUUUGCGCCCCUACUAUCAAUCAUCACCUCCUCCACCAUUCUUCCACUAGAUAUCGGAUCUAAGCCCGCAGAAGCCAUGGACGGAAGAGCGCAUCAUCAGAAGCAUACAUAGAAGAAAAUUGGGAACUUGUUUCCUUUGAUUAUCGUUUAGAGGACUGUGUGUUUUUCAUUUACUUAAUUGUACUGUGUUUUUCAUUUAAAUGCAUUGUGUUUUUAUUGUACUGGAGUUGUGAGGUACAUGUGUCCUCGAUGUACUUGCAGUCGCUUGCGUGCACUGUAAUUUUCGAAGUAAAUAAAAUA